AACAAGCACGCGCGCGCACGACAGGAAACUGAAUAGACUGUUAGUCCGAUCUAGUCCCCCCAUGGCGCCCAAUGGAGAAGCACCGGCCAUGGCAGCCGCCGUGGUGCCGCUGCUGGCGACGAUCAUUGGCAGCUUCGGCAGCGGCGAGCACAGGCGGCAGCAGAGGAUCCCGUCGUCCCACGAGCUCCGCAGCUGCGUUGCAGACCACGAUAAGGAGGUGGAAGACGGCGGCCACGACGGCGGCGGCGGCGGUGGCAGCGACCCGCGGGACGCCGCUCGCCCGGCGGCGGAGGUGGAGGACGCCCAGUGCGAGUGCUGCGGCAUGUCGGAGGAGUGCACCCCGGGGUACAUCGGCGCGGUGCGGCGCCGCUUCUCGGGGCGGUGGGUCUGCGGGCUCUGCGCCGAGGCCGUGGCCGAGGAGGCCGGCAAGAACGGCGGCGACCGGGAGGCCGCGCUCGCGGCGCACAUGGCCGUGUGCCGGCGGUUCAACGGCUUCGGGAGGACGCACCAGGCGCUCUUCCAGGCCGACGCCGUCAUCGACAUCGUGAGGAGGCUCGCGGGGCCGAGGUCGCCGAAGUUCAGCGCUGGAACGAGAGCCAUCGGUGACGGCGCCAAGAACGGCCUCGCUGGCAGCUCCGGGUGCAUGGCGCUCGUCGCCGGCGUACGCACCGAUCAGGCGGUGACCAACUAGAUCGCUGGUUAAAGAGUGUACAGCCAGCCAGCAAGGCGUUUGGGUGUAGGUCCAUGUGUAUUGGUUUUCCCACCCUUUUUUUGUUGACUUGUUUCCAGGUGCAGUGCCUGCUGGAGUUCAGGCCUUUUUGGAUGGGCUUUUGUUUGCCUCUUUCA